ACUCCGAGAAGAAAGAUGGGACACCACACACAUCCAUGUACAGUGACGCCUCUACAGUAACUGUGCUGGAUCUGAUUAAGCCCAAUAUCUCAGUCUCCACUCACCACCCAGAAACACAGAUCAGCUGUGAAGCCCCUUCUCCCAUCACUGGAGCUGUCUUCCACCUGUAUGACACCAGGAGUAAAAAUAUCAUUAAAGAGAGCCAUGCUGGAGCAGGAGAGAGAUCCGUCACCUUCGUUGUCCCCCACGACCCCGAUCCCAACCUGAGAUACUGCUGUAGUUAUCAGUAUAGAACCAUAAACUCUGUAAUGAGCGACUAUGCUGGACCAAAGGAGCAUCCAGUGACUGAUCUGAUUAAGCCCAAUAUCUCAGUCUCCACUCACGACACUGAAACACACAUCCACUGUGAAGCCCCCCCUUCCAUCACUGGAGCUGUCUUCCACUUGUAUGACACCAGGAGUGAAAGUCAUGUUAAAGAGAAGCAGGCUGGAGCAGGAGAGAGUGCCGUCACCUUCACUGUUCCCCAUGAGCCAAACCUGAAAUAUUGCUGUAGCUAUCAGUAUACAAGGUUAAACUCUGCGAAAAGCGACUGUGUUGGACCUAAGGGGCCUUCAGACACUGGAAUUUCAGGCUGGUUGCCCAUAGUGGGAGGGGUUUCUGCAGCGUGUGUGAUCUUGCUGGGUGCCACAGCUCUCUGUCUGUGCUGGAGACACAAAAAACACAGAUCCAACAGGCAGCCGAUUACUCCCAGCAAUGACCCUGCGGAGGCUUCUUACAGUGUGGCCAGCAAAGAAGAACACAACAAGGACCCAACUCUCUCUGACGUGACUUACUCCUCUAUCAAUCACAUGGCUCCUCAGUGCUCAUACCCUGCGCCUUCACAGGACAGUGUGGUGUACAGCAGUCUGAAGACAGACUGAGACAGUGCAAAGUAAUAUACACAAAUGCAUACACACACACACACACACACACACACACACACACACACACACACACACGC